GAGUUCUCCAGUUCAGUCGGCUCAUGCCAUUCGAGCGAUGUAAAGGCAAAAUUAAUUCUUUCUCUUAUUUUCAUUGUUAUUAUACAAGAAUUUUUUUUUUUUUUUUUUUAUAUUAACAUCUUGAUAUACGACGCUGGCGUCGUUAUAUCGUCAUGGUGACGAAUUAUUAUCAUUUGACGUCAGAAUGACGAGUAACAAAUAUUUAAAAAAAAAAGAAAAUAAAUAAAAUAAUUGAUGUCUUGAAAUAUGAAUCCUUGAUUUUAUUCUUUGUUCCAUAAUAAUAUAUAAUAAUGGAGAACAAAGGUAAAAAUCAUGAGACUGAUGAUCAGUGCUCGCGAACAGUGUUAUUGAAUACAUUUUUAAUUAAAAAAAAAAGAUGUCGCGUUUAUUUUCAUCAAGGGAAACUUGUUUGGGAAACAGAACGACCACCCAUCGCACAAUGGACGUUGCCGAUGACCGAUGUACUUUCAGCCUCGUAUGGAGAUGAUUGGAUUCCUACAAUGAAUAAUAUGAAAAAAAAAGAUUCGCUAUCGACGUCACCAAAUUUAUCCUUGACAAGUUUUGUUUUACAUUAUGCAGCAUGUGGAUCUAAAAGUAAAUGGAGACAUCAUAGCGUUACUAUGAGCCAUUCGGAUCCAAGACAAAUUGGUUCCUGGGUAAAAACCAUUCAAAAUUAUCUUAAUGGUUUUACUUAUAGACCAAGGAAAAUGAUGGUAUUCGUUAAUCCUUUCGGUGGUAAACGAAAGGGAUUGAAAAUUUGGGAAAAAGAAGUACAACCAUUAAUGAUUAUUGCGGGAAUUGAAAUUAAAUUAAUAAUUACCGAAAAAGCAGGACAUAUUCGUGAUACACUACUCACGGAAAAUUUAGACGAUAUUCAUGCGGUGGUUUGUAUUGGUGGUGAUGGAACAUUUGCAGAAGUAUUUAAUGGCUUAGUACUGAGAGCGGCGAAAGAUAAUGAAAUCGAUUUAAAUGAUGCAAAUGCAAAUUUGCCAGUACCAAAAUUGCCAGUUGGCGUAAUUCCUGGUGGAAGUACAAAUACUGUCGCCUAUAGUUUACACGGUACAACUGACGUGCAAACUGCUGCAAUUCACAUUAUUUUUGGUGACACAGCUGGUUUGGAUAUCUCAUCAGUACACAGCAAUGAUUCUUUACUCAGAUUAUACGCUAGUGUUGUUAGUUAUGGAUAUUUAGGUGACGUCAUUCGAGAUAGCGAAAAAUUUCGUUGGAUGGGUCCACAAAGAUACGAUUAUUCAGGUUUUAAGAAAAUUGUGGCAAAUAAAGGAUACGAGGGUGAAAUUGAACUUUUGUCAGAUCCAUGUCAUCCAGCAGCAAGUACCAAGUGUUUGCAAAAUUGUAAUCGUUGCAUUCAACAUAUGAAUCAAAAAAUUCCCGAUAAAGAAAUUUCAAGGUGGCUUACAGUUAGAGGAAAAUUUUUCAUGGUUAAUGGAGCGAAUUUAUCAUGUGCCUGUUCAAGAAGUCCAAUGGGUUUUAGUCCCCAUUGUCAUGUCGGUGAUGGUUGCGUGGAUGUUAUUAUUAUUAGACACACAUCUCUUAUCAAUAAUAUCAGAAUGAUUCUCAGGCUCAGCAGUAAAGUUAAAAAUUUGUAUGAUUUACCGUUUGUGGAGGUUUAUAGAGCUCGAGAAUUCACGUUCAAGGCAAUGCCUAGCUCAAAUUACUCUGAAAAUGGAAAUAGCAUUUCACUAAAUACAGGUCUCAGUGUUUGGAAUUGUGAUGGCGAAGUCAUUCAAGUUCCAAAUGUUAAGAUAAGGGUACACUGCCAACUACUAAAAGUUUAUACAAGAAGAAGUUCAGAAACAUUAGAUGAACCUAGUUGUUUCUGCUCUAUUUAAAAUAAUCUCUUUUUUUCUCAUUCUAUUACGAUUCUUAGAAUCAUGAGAUAAUUUUUAUUUUCCCUAAAAGGAUAAAUGAAUAAUUGCAACGUUUUUCAACUAAUCGUGCAUUCAAACAAAAAGAGGAAAAAAACAAAUAUUUCUUUUUAAUCAGAAAUUGUUUUUUAUAUUCUAGAUUAAUUAAUUUAGCGAUCUAGAAAAAAAAAUUUAAAUAGCUAUUAAGAAUGGCUUUUUUGUGAUAAAAAAAAGAGGAACUUGAUUAAGUAAAUUCCUAAUAUUUUUGUGAAAAUUUAAAAGAAUUAUGAGAAAUAUUGAAAAAAUAUUUAAAAAUUAUAAUCGAGAUCGAGAUAUUUUUAUAUAUAUCCUUUAAAUAUGAUUAUUCAAUUUUGAAUACGAGUGAAAAAUAUAAAAUAUAUUUUACGAAGUGAUAUAUCAAAAAGUAAACAUAUUUCUUUGGCGUGAUGUACUUAAAGAAAGGUAUUUAAGGAGAAAUAAUUCCAAAAUAUAGCAAUUAGAAAUACGAGCUUUAUAAAUAAUAAAAAAGGAGCUUCAUAUUCUUGUAUUGGAAUUAAAAAAAGAAAAAGAGAAUUAUGAAUCUAUAAAAAUAGAAAUAAUUCUCUAUUUAUUAGUUAUAUUUUAAAAAUAGAAAAAUAUAUUUUGAUAAAAAAAAAAAAAAAAAACAGAAAAAUUGUACAUUUUUGGCAUUGUCCGAAAAUCAUAUAAAUUUUUGUAUUUUACAAAAAGUAAUUCUAUUUUUUAACAAUAAUAAUUGAAAUUAAAAAUUUA